CAAAGCCCACCAGACCGACUGCUAUAUAAUCCCCAUUUCUUCCUAACCUAAUUAGGGUUCUUCACACAAUUUUCACACAGCCGCAUCAUCAAUCGAACAACAAAUUAGCCAUGGGUAGAAGACCUGCCAGAUGUUAUCGCCAGAUCAAGAACAAACCAUACCCAAAGUCUCGCUACUGCCGUGGUGUUCCUGACCCAAAGAUCAGGAUCUAUGAUGUCGGCAUGAAGAAGAAGGGAGUCGACGAGUUCCCGUUCUGCGUUCAUUUGGUCAGUUGGGAGAAAGAAAAUGUCUCAAGUGAAGCACUUGAAGCUGCACGUAUCGCAUGCAACAAGUACAUGACCAAGUUUGCAGGAAAGGAUGCUUUCCAUUUGAGGGUUAGGGUUCAUCCUUUCCACGUGCUUCGUAUCAACAAGAUGCUUUCGUGUGCUGGAGCUGAUAGGCUCCAAACUGGUAUGAGGGGUGCGUUUGGGAAACCACAAGGUGUCUGUGCUCGUGUAAGCAUUGGUCAGGUUCUUCUUUCGGUUCGUUGCAAGGAUAACAACAGCCCACAUGCUCAAGAGGCCUUGCGUCGUGCUAAGUUCAAGUUCCCUGGGCGUCAAAAGAUUAUCGUGUCUAGGAAGUGGGGAUUCACCAAGUUUAGCCGUACCGACUACAUCCAAUGGAAAUCUGAAAACCGCAUCGUUUCUGACGGUGUUAACGCCAAGCUUCUUGGAUGCCAUGGACCUCUUGCCAACCGUCAGCCUGGAAGAGCUUUCUUAGACGCUGUUGCUUAAUUGUGAUAUUUGCUUAUGUUUUUUAGUGUUGGUUUUGUUAAUUUUCGAGAUUUGUUACUGUGGGACUAUAUUUAUCUUAUUUUUAUGUUUUGGCUCCAUCAAUGAAAGAACAAAUUCAUGAUUUUCAUU